AUGUAUGAUGAUUGGAAAGCCAAGAAUUGUCAACCAGACUACAGAUCCAACGUCACACCUGACCCCACCACAUCAUGUGGGCCAUACAAACCAACCAAUCAACUUAACACCGAGAAAACUAAACCUCGUGUUGAGCUUGGUAUAGAUCAGUCCAACCAUGACACUAUAGGAAUGUUAGCAAUUGAUAUGAAUGGACAUAUAGCUGCUGGGACUUCUACUAAUGGGAUGACACAUAAGGUUCCUGGGCGAGUUGGGGAUUCCCCCUUGCCCGGGUCAGGUUGCUAUGCCGAUGAUUUAGUAGGUGGGGCUGUUGCUACGGGUGAUGGUGAUGUCAUGAUGAGGUUUCUACCCGCUUACCAGGCUGUGGAAUCCAUGCGUCAAGGUGCUUCUCCCACACAAGCAACAGAAGAUGCUUUGAACAGAAUACUGAAACAUUUUCCUUCAUUCAGUGGCGCACUUGUUGCUGUAACAAAAGAUGGACUUGUUGGCGCGGCUUGCACAGGAUUCUCAUCAUUUCAUUAUUGUGUGCGAACAAAAUCUAAUCCAAUGACCUCAGUUAUUUCAGUGAAGUGCAAAUAAAUGCUGACUGCCCAAAACCACAGGUCCGUACCCCUCUUUCAGCACUGCAAUGUUUUCUAUGCACUUUAAAGUUCACAGUCACAGAACUAUAUGUUUAAAUUUAUUUUACAAGAAUCUAUACCAUAGGAUUUAGCAUAAAGUUGCAGUUUCAAUGAAAAUAUGAAAAAAAGUAGACCCAGAGUUGGCCUGUUGGUAAUUUUACAUCAUACUUCUCGCUUUUCAAUUACUUUGAUUUGUCUAAUAUUUUAUUGAUCACUGUCAAACUGAUUUGGUUUGAACUUACACGUUAGAAUAGGCGCCGAAUUUAUGAUUCCUUAAAACACUUUGUAAAACUGAGACUUUGCCUUAGUAUAUAUUCUCAGACAUUUUCAUUACGUGGCCUAUAUGUAAUAUGCGUAAUAUUCAAAUAAUAACCUUGUCAACGUUUACUGAUUUGUAGCUUAUGUGUGAUCUCUGAUAGGUUUUAGGUUGUAUUGAUUUGACGUUUGCAGACGUUAGUAAAGUUGCCUUGUGUCUUGAA